GUUUCUGAUUCCGGGGUCGGUGUGUGUGUGUGUUUUCGUACUCGUCUCCCUCCGUUCGCCACUGUGUGUGUGUGUGUGAGAGUGUGUGUAGUUUUUUUUAUUUUUUUCUGCCUCGGUAGGGGAGGAGGAGGAGGAGGAUGAUGAUGGCGGAGCUGGUGCAGGGACAGGCCUCGGUGGCUCAGCCUGGGAUGAAGGGAGAGGGCUUCGCAGACGCGCUCCACCGAGCCAGACAGAUUGCAGCUAAAAUGGGGGGAGAACAGAUGACUCAUCUGAACCACUCCUCUCCCGUUGUUGACCCUUCCCUCUACGGCUAUGGAGGUCAGAAACGCUCCCUAGAUGAAGGAGUAGGCACCCCGCUUGGGGCAAUGGUACAUCCAAGGGCUAUAAUGACAGAAGACUUCAAAGUGCCUGAUAAGAUGGUGGGCUUCAUAAUUGGAAGAGGUGGUGAGCAGAUCACUAGAAUCCAGUUGGAAUCAGGCUGUAAGAUCCAGAUUGCUGCUGACAGUGGAGGUAUGAUUGACCGGCCUUGCACCUUGACUGGGAGUCCAGAGAGCAUUGAGCAGGCGAAGCGCCUCCUCGGUCAGAUCGUGGACCGGUGUCGGAACGGCCCUGGCUUCCACAACGAGAUGGACAGCAACAACGCCAUCCAGGAGAUCCUGAUCCCGGCCAGCAAAGUGGGCUUGGUCAUUGGGAAAGGAGGCGACACCAUUAAACAACUUCAGGAGAGGACAGGAGUGAAGAUGAUCAUGAUUCAGGACGGCCCAAUGCCCACCGGUGCAGACAAGCCUUUGAGAAUCACUGGGGAUCCCUUUAAAGUGCAGCAAGCACGAGAAUUGGUAGUGGAGAUCAUCCGGGAAAAGGACCAGGGAGACUUCAGGACUGGCAGAGGUGACUUCGGCUCCAGGCUGGGAGGAAGCAGUUUGGAUGUGGCCGUGCCGAGGUUUGCUGUGGGCAUCGUCAUUGGCAGAAACGGUGAGAUGAUUAAGAAGAUCCAGAACGAUGCUGGUGUGAGGAUCCAGUUCAAACCAGAUGAUGGAAUCAGUCCAGACCGGAUUGCUCAGGUGAUGGGCCAGCCGGACAGAUGUCAGCAUGCGGUUCACCUCAUCAACGAGCUGGUUCACACAGCACAGGAGCGGGAUGGUUUUGGGGGUGCGUUAGGAUCCAGGGGCCGGGGAAGAGGCCGAGGAGACUGGAACAUGGGAGCUCCAGGUGGACUUCAGGAAGUGACGUACACGAUACCAGCAGACAAGUGUGGCCUUGUGAUUGGCAAAGGCGGAGAGACCAUUAAGAACAUCAACCAGCAGUCUGGAGCUCAUGUGGAGCUGCAGAGGAAUCCUCCUCCCAACACUGACCCCAACGUGCGCAUCUUCUCCAUCAGAGGCACCCCGCAGCAGAUCGAAAUGGCCAGACAGCUGAUCGACGAGAAGAUAGGGGCCUCAGGGUUGGGGGGCAGCAGCAGUUUCGGCCUCAGUCCUUUCACCCAAGGACCAGCUACCCCGCACCAGAAGUCUGCUAGUGGACCGCAGACUUUCAUGACUGGAGGAUGGGGUGCUACAUACCAGACAUGGCAGCCUCAGGGCCAGCAGGACCCCAGUCACAAUGGAUCUCAGACAGGGCAGAUGGAUUAUUCCAAAGCGUGGGAGCAGUAUUAUAAGAAGCUAGGUCAGCAGAGCCAAGCCCAGAGCACUGGUCCAGACUACAGCAAAGCAUGGGAGGAGUAUUACAAGAAACAGAGUCAGGCUGCAGCUCCUGGGUCUCAGCAGAGCUCCCCUCCAGACUACAGCGCUGCCUGGGUGGAGUAUUACAGACAACAGGGAGCUUACUAUGGCCAAGGGGCGCAGCAGACGCAGGCUCCGGGCCUUCAGGAUCAUUAGAGCGGAUUCCCUUUAGUUGAAGAUUUUUGAAUGAUUGAGAAGAUGAAACAAACCUUUUGUAACAGAGGUUUCUAGAUUUGCAACGCCUUGAAGACUUUUACUCUUAGUGAGAAACACUAGCUG